UUUUUUUUUUUUUUGGUGAUGUUUUGUUCAACACUCUUUCAUUUACUUUCGAUAUACAAGGAUAAGUUUCAAUUAAAAAAGAGUUUCAAUUUAAAAAGAAAAAUCAAAUCUUGGCCUUAUUUUCAUCUGCGCUAUUGAGAUUUUCUUUGAGAAAAUAAGUUUCAAUUAAAAAAAAUAUCAAAUCUUUGCCAUAUUUUCAUCUGCUAUUGAUUUUUUCUUUAAAGAAAAAAAAGAGUUUCAAUUUUUUGAAAAAAAAAAAUCUAAUCUUGGGCUUAUUUUCAUCUGGGCUAUUGAGAUUUUCUUGAAAAGAAAAAUGGCAAUGAAUGGCAAUGUUUUUUCAAGAUUAGAUGAUUCUCAUCAUGAGAUUCAUGUUCUUGCUGUGGAUGAUAAUCUUGUUGAUAGGAAAGUCAUUGAGAGGCUGCUCAAAAUCAUUUCAUGUAAAGUGACAGCAGUUGAUAGUGGGAGAAAGGCCUUGCAGUUUUUGGGAUUGGAUGAUGGAGGAAAUUUGGUUGGUUUUGAAGGCUUUAAAGUAGAUCUGAUAAUUACAGAUUAUUUCAUGCCUGGGAUGACUGGCUAUGAGUUGCUGAAAAAGAUUAAGGGUUCGUCUAAUUUCAAAGAAGUACCAGUUGUCAUCAUGUCAUCAGAAAAUGUCAUGGCUCGAAUUGAGAGAUGUUUGGAAGAAGGUGCUGAGGAUUUUAUUGUGAAGCCCGUAAAAUUGUCUGACGUAAGACGCCUCAAGAACUACAUGUUUCGCGAAAAUCGUAUAAACGCGCAAGAAAUUAGAGGGCCUCAUGGAAGAAAAUCACAAGAGAUUGCCCCUAAUUCACCGACCUAAGUUUUUGAUAUUUAUUUCAACUUUUACAAACUUGAUAUUGAUUAAGUUUGUUGGUAAUGGUAGCUUGAUGUGUAUGUAGAAGAACUAGGUAAAAUUACAUUAUUAUUAUUAUUAUUAUUAU